AUGGGCUCGCUGAGCAGCCGAGUGCUGCGCCGCCACCGCGGGGGAGCCCGAGUCCAGCAGGAGCCGGGUUCCGGGGCGGGGGGCUCGGCCCGGAGGCCAGGGGCUGGCGGCGACGCGGCGGGCCACGGCUUCUGUUACUGCCCUGGCAGCCUCAAGCGCAAGCGGAGCAGCGGGGCCUUCUGCUCCUGCCACCCCGACUCCGAGACGGACGAGGAUGAAGAGGAAGGGGACGAGCAGCAGCGGCUCCUCAGCACCCCGCGAAGGAAAAAAUUAAAGAGUACAUCCAAAUAUAUUUAUCAAACAUUGUUUUUGAAGGGUGAAAAUAGUGACAUUAAGAUUUGUGCUCUAGGAGAAGAGUGGAGCUUACACAAAAUAUAUUUAUGUCAAUCUGGCUACUUUUCUAGUAUGUUCAGUGGUUCUUGGAAAGAAUCCAGCAUGAAUAUUAUUGAAUUGGAGAUUCCUGACCAGAAUAUUGAUAUAGAAGCAUUGCAGGUUGCGUUUGGUUCACUGUAUAGAGAUGACGUCUUAAUAAAGCCCAGUUGAGUUAUUGCCAUUUUGGCAGCAGCUUGUAUGCUGCAGUUGGAUGGUUUAAUACAGCAAUGUGGUGAGACAAUGAAGGAAACAAUUAAUGUGAAAACUGUAUGUGGCUAUUAUACAUCAGCAGGGACCUAUGGAUUAGAUUCUGUAAAGAAAAAGUGCCUUGAAUGGCUUCUAAACAAUUUGAUGACUCACCAGAAUGUUGAACUUUUUAAAGAACUCAGUAUAAGUGUCAUGAAACAGCUCAUCAGUUCCUCUAACUUAUUUGUAAUGCAAGUGGAAAUGGAUGUAUACACAGCUCUUAAAAAGUGGAUGUUCCUUCAACUUGUGCCUUCUUGGAAUGGAUCUUUAAAACAGCUUUUGACUGAAACAGAUGUGUGGUUUUCUAAGUGGAAAAAGGAUUUUGAAGGUACGACCUUCCUUGAAACCGAGCAAGGAAAACCAUUUGUGCCAGUAUUCAGACAUUUAAGGUUACAGUAUAUUAUCAGUGACCUGGCCUCUGCAAGAAUUAUUGAACAAGAUUCUCUAAUACCUUCAGAGUGGCUAUCUUCUGUGUAUAAACAGCAGUGGCUUGCUAUGCUCCGGGCAGAACAAGACAGUGAGGUGGGGCCUCAAGAAAUCAAUAAAGAAGAAUUAGAAGGAAAUAGUAUGAGGUGUGGUAGAAAGCUUGCCAAAGAUGGUGAAUACUGCUGGCGGUGGACAGGUUUUAACUUCGGCUUUGACCUACUUGUAACUUAUACCAAUCGAUACAUCAUUUUCAAACGCAAUACACUGAAUCAGCCAUGUAGCGGAUCUGUCAGUUUACAACCUCAAAGGAGCAUAGCUUUUAGAUUACGUUUGGCCUCUUUUGAUAAUAAUGGGAAACUAAUAUGUAGUAGAACAACUGGAUAUCAAAUACUCACUCUUGAGAAGGAUCAGGAGCAAGUGGUGAUGAAUUUGGACAGCAGGCUUCUGAUCUUCCCUUUAUAUAUCUGUUGCAACUUCCUGUAUAUAUCGUCAGAAAAGAGAACUGAAAAUAAUCAUCACCCAGAAAAUCCAGAAAACUAAGGAUCUCAUCAGGUGGAAACAGUAGCACUUUGAAAACUUUUGGAGCCAGCUUUAAUUGAAUGGCCCUAACAAUACUCACAUCCAAGGUGACUAACAAUGACAAAGCCUUAUAAACUGUAGCAGAUAAUGCAGAAGACUAUUCUUAUCCUCUUUAUAUUUCUAUGCAUAUAUGAAAAAAGAACAUUUUAAAG